AUGUCGUUCUUAGCCCUCAGCAGGUUGUAUUUCUCGGACAUAUCGUCCACGAAAGUCGCAAUUUCUACCUUGCUGGCAUUAGUUACGUGUUCACUGGUUGCGUUCUGGCGUAGUCGUACCAGUGUUCAAUCGAAGUUCCCUCUGGUCGGCAAAGACUCGGCGACUAGCAAUGAGAGUAGCGCGGCCGUAGACUUCGCCAAAGACGCAUUGAAGGUGCUAAGAUAUGGAAUGAAUACGUGCGCCGGCCCAUUUAGGGUACAAACUGCAACUGGGCCAAAGAUUGUGCUUCCUGCUCGAUACUUGGAGGAGAUCAAAAGCGAUGAGAGGUUCAGCUUCGCCCAUGAAAUGGCAAAACAAUCUCUAUCCCAUCUGAGCGGCUUCGAGGCCUUUUCUACGCCGCUCCGCGACAACAUCUUUCAGGAUACCAUUCGAGUGAAGAUCACUCAGUCUUUAGGGCAGAUUACCGAAGCGCUCUCCGAGGAAACAACGAUUGCGCUAGAGAGGCUUCUUGGAAAUCCAGGGGAAUGGACUGCCUCGACAAUAAGCAGAACAGUUCUCGACCUCACCACGAUCCUCUCGACUCGUGUGUUCCUGGGCGAGAAGUUCUCGAGAGAUCAGAAAUGGCUUGAACUAUCUCAAGGCUAUACCAUGUGUGCCUUUAUGGCUGGACAAGCUCUCUGGAAAUGGCCCAAGUUCUUACAGCCUCUUGCUAAUCGAGUUCUACCAAUCUGCAUAGGCCAGCGAGCCAUGUYGAAGUCAAUACGCCAAAUUCUGCGACCCGAGAUAGAGAGACGAAAAACUGCAACGCAGGAAAUGCCAGGAGCCGUGGGUCAGGACACGAUUGAUUGGAUGCAGCAGCUUGCUCAUGGAAGGCCGUUUGAUCUGGUCUCAGGUCAGUUGCAGCUAGGCUUUGUGGCGAUACACACUACCUCGACACUCCUAACAGAAGUCCUCCUUGAUAUUUGCGCCUACCCCGAAUAUGUUCCAGUUCUGCGGGAGGAGAUGGUAAAAGUCCUCCAAGAAGACGGCUGGAAAAAGACUUCAAUGUACAGACUCAAAAAACUGGACAGCUUCAUCAAAGAAGUGCUGAGAUUGCGACCUCAAAGCAUGAUCACUGCACGCCGCAUGCUUACCGAGGACGUUACGCUUUCUGACGGUGCUAUCAUUCCAAAAGGCASUAGCACGAUGGUGCCCAUCAUCGACGUGAUGCUCGACCCUCAAGUCUACCCUGAGCCCGAGAAGUUCGACGGCCUUCGUUUCUUUCGCAUGCGUUCUGUGAACGAAGGCAAGGCACAACUGAUCACUGCCAAUGCCGAAUACCUGGGGUUCGGCUAUGGAAAACAUGCGUGUCCCGGCCGGUUUCUGGCCGCCAACGAGAUCAAGAUUGCAAUGUGCCAUUUGCUGCUAAAGUAUGAUUUCAAGUUUCUGGAUGGGCAGACUAGACCACAGGCGAUGGCUUGGGAGGUGAAUUACAUGACUAAUCCAGAUUUGGGAAUCGUGGUUCGAAGAAGGCGGGAAGAGAUUGAUCUUUCUUCUCCCGAAUCUUCAUCGACAUGA